AUGGACAAACUCAGCCAAGAAGGAGAAGAAGGAGAAGAAGAAGAAAUGGAAACUGAGCAACUCAGAAGCAGCACCUUCCAACGCUUGAAAUCAUACUCGUUGCAACUUCUCGACCUUUUGCAAAACCCUCACAUUCAUAAUCAGAAGCAUUGUUCCCUCACCGUAAUUCCCCAACUCCUUUCUUUCCUUCGCAAUUCUUCUCCCUCUACUUUACAACCCUUCUUCGACUACACCCUCUUUCCGUUACUUCUACUCCUGGAUGCAGCGAUUCAGUGUAGGUCUACGCAGAAAAUCGAUUCUCGGGAAAAUUGUAACAUGCCUGGUGUUUUGAAAACACCAGUUGAAGUGAGUGAUGGCGUUGCUGAAGGCGUGAUUAAAUGUUUGGAGGAGCUUCUGAGCAAGUGCCGUUUGAAUUCUGUGGAUCAGGUGUGGAAGGAUGGUGAACAAAAGAAACAAAUAAAGAACAGAAGGAAUCUAAGGACGUUCGGAUUUGGGGAUAUUGGCCUGGAUGCACAGAAACAGAAGAUUAAUAUGGUUGUGCUACUAAAAAAGUUAACAUAUGGGGCCAUGUUGUCACCCUCCGAGGCUUCAGAGGAGUUUCGUGAAGGAAUUUUGUUGUGUGUCAAGGCCUUGCUUUUGAGUUUAUAUUCCUGUUCUGAUAUGUCUUGCUUGUGUAAACAAAUUUCUGGUUUGCCGGCACUUUUGGAAGACGUUGAUAAUGAUAGACUUCAUAAAACUUUCAAGAAUGGUUUGGAAUCAGAAGAAUGUCUACUUGCAUUUCUCCAGUCUCAAUUUGCAUCAGCUGCUAUUGGACACUGGCUAUCGCUUCUUCUUAAAACUGCAGAUACAGAGGCUGCUAGGGGACAAACAGGUUCUGCAAGGCUUCGUAUUGAAGCAUUCAAAACACUGCGGGUGCUUGUUGCUAAGGUUGGUUCUGCAGAUGCAUUAGCCUUCUUUUUACCUGGCACUGUUAGUCAGUUAGCUAAAGUUUUGCACAGUGCAAAAACAAUGAUAAGUGGGGCUGCUGGGAAUGUUGAAUCUAUUGACCAAGCGCUCAGAGGGUUUGCAGAGUUUCUCAUGAUAGUCCUCCAGGAUGAUGCUAGUGCACCUGCCCUGGAUAUUGAAGCAUCUUCAGACUUUGAUUCAAAUGAGUGUACUUCAACACUUUCCCUUAUGGAGGAGCUUCGUCACUUGCAAGUUAAAAAUUAUGUUAAUACUGAAGCUACAGAAGAUAUAGGUGUUGAAUCAGAAAUAAUCUCUUAUUCCCAAGCUCAACUCCAAGAAACAGGGAAUACUAAUCCUGACAAAGAGAACAUGUCUUUGCAUGUGAACCGAACAAAAGGUUGGAUGCAGAGGACAUCAGAACAUGUAAAUAAGCUGUUGAGUGCAACAUUUCCACAAAUCUGUAUUCACCCUUCACAAAAGUUGAGAAAGGGACUUGUUGAUGCCAUAAAAGGACUGUUGUCAGAGUGCUUCUACACACUGGGGGAGAGUAGACUGAUGCUUUUGGAGUGCUUAUGUGCCUUAGUCGUUGAUGUAUCCAAUGACGUGUCUUCAACUGCACAGGAUUUCCUUGAGUGUUUGUUCUCACAAAAUUUGAAACAUGUUAUAAAACAAAAUGCUACUGAGAUUUUUAUCAGGCACCUUGAAAAGCUUCCCAGAGUAGUGCUUGGUCAUGAGGAGUCACAUGCUGGGAUACAUGCUCAGCAAUUACUAACAAUAAUAUUUUAUUCUGGUCCACGUCUAUUAGUGGAUCACCUUCAGUCCCCUGUAGAAGCUGCUAAAUUCCUAGAUUUGUUUGCUGCAUGUCUAAGCCAUAAUUCAGUGUUCUCUGGUUCGCUGGGAAAACUCACUUCAACAGAUCGAUCAUCAACCUUGGGAUAUCUUCCCUCCAUUGCUGAGUUGAAAUCUGGAGCUAAUUUCUUCAAUUAUGUGCCCUCUCUUCUAAAUUCUGGUUUAUCAGAAGUCCCUAAAUGCAGGCUUAUUGAGGAAAUGAGUAUAGAAGAACCUGUGAGAACUGCUCAAAAUAAUUAUGAGCUUCCUCGCAUGCCCCCUUGGUUUAGUUAUGUUGGUAGUCUCAAGUUAUACCAGCCCCUUGCAGGGAUUCUCCGACUUGUGGGUUUAUCUUUAGUGGCAGAUAAUACAAGUGAAGGGCGUCUGUUGCAUGUGAUUGAGACCCUACUUGGUUACUUUCGUAAAUUGGUUUCUGAGCUUCGUGUAAAAGAAUACAAUAAAGAAAGCUGGCAGUCUUGGUAUGACAGGAAUGGUUCUGGGCAGAUAUUGCGGCAAGCUAGCACAGCUGCAUGCAUGCUAAAUGAGAUAAUGUUUGGUGUAUCGGAUCAAGCAACUAAUGAAUUUUCUAGAAUAUUUCAUAACUCUUCUAUAAACAGUGGAGUUCAGGUUCGGUCUUACAAACAUGAUUGUGCAUUUCAUACAUCAUUCUGGAAGAUGGCCAACGAUAAAGGAGUAAGGAGUUAUUUGGUUGAGUGCAUUGGGAGGAUCUUACAUGAGUAUUUAUCAGCUGAGGUAUGGAAUGUUCCACUUGAUCACAGAAUUGCUGACUUGCCGCUUAAUGGUGUAGUUGAAGAAGAUUUCAGCCUUUACUUUUUCCAGGAUGCUGCAAUGCUGCGAAUCUUUAAACUGUGCCUUGGAAGCGAUUUUGUUUCUGGUGGAUUUCUUCAUUCUUCACUUUAUUUAUUACUGGAGAAUCUUAGUUCUUCAAAUUACCGAGUUAGAAAUGCAGCAGAUUCUGUCUUGCAUAUACUUUCCACAACAUCUGGCUAUCCCACGGUUGGACAUUUAGUUUUGGAAAAUGCAGACUAUGUGAUUGAUUCAAUAUGUCGACAAUUACGCCAUUUGGACAUAAAUCAUCAUGUGCCAAAUGUGCUAGCAUCCAUACUCUCCUACACUGGAGUGGCUCACAAGAUCUUGCCUCUGCUUGAGGAACCGAUGCGCUCUGUGUCCAUGGAACUUGAAAUACUGGGUAGACAUCAACAUCCUGUUCUUACUAUUCCAUUCCUAAAGGCAGUAGCAGAAAUUGUGAAGGCAUCAAAACGUGAAGCUUGCCUGUUGCCCACUCAGGCAGAGCUCUUCGCCAGAAAUGUCAGGUCUAUAAUCUCCAAUUCAGAAGAAACUACCCAAGAUCAGUGGGAGGACAUUUUAUUCAAGUUAAAUGAUUCCAGAAGACAUAGACGAACAGUUGGUUCUAUUACUGGUUCAUGUAUUACUGCUGCAAUCCCACUUCUAGCAUCAAUCAAGCAAGAGAUAUGCUUAGGUGCCUUGGAUAUAAUUGAGAGUGGUAUUUUGGCAGUAGCAAAAGUUGAAGCAGCUUAUAAAUAUGAAAGAGAAAUAAAAGAAUCAAUCCAAGAAGCGCUUGAAUCACUAUCACUGUAUCAGCUGAAGGACACUUUGGAAGCUAAUGAAGAAGGGGCUGAUGAAAACAGGUUACUUCCGGCAAUGAAUAAAAUAUGGCCUUUCCUGGUCACUUGUAUUCAGAACAGGAACCCAGUGGCUGUGCGGAGAUGUUUGAGCGUGAUCAGCAAUGUAGUGCCAGUUUGUGGAGGAGAUUUCUUCACACGACGAUUCUGCACUGAUGGGACACACUUUUGGAAACUUCUGACCACAUCCCCAUUUCAUAAGAAGUCAUAUUUCAAAGAUGAGAAAACCCCUUUGCAACUACCUUAUAGAAGCAGUUCCAUGAGUUCAGAGGAUUCAUUGGCUGAGACAUCCUAUCUCAAGGUUCAGAUUGCAGUGCUCAACAUGAUUGCUGAUUUAUGCCGUAAAAAGAGCAGUUCCUCUGCAUUAGAACUUGUUUUGAAGAAGGUUAGUGGUCUAGUUGUGGGGAUAGCCUGUAGCAGUGUUGCUGGACUUCGAGAUGCUUCUCUGAAGGCCCUCCAUGGACUUGCAUCUAUUGAUCCUGAUCUUGUAAUAUCAAAUUUUAUGACUUUUGCACGGCCAACAGACUGCUUGCGUACCGUAUACAUGUCGGGCCUCCACACACCGGAAAAGGCAUGGGCAUCAGCCAUAUACACGAAUCACUAA